CACAAGUUGAGUUGUCAAAUAAAAUAAAGACAUCUAUCUACCCUAUUGUACAACGUUAUUAUACCUCUCCUCAAUCUCAUCAAUAAAUAGAACAAGACCACACUAUACCUCAUUUACUCUUCACCCUCUCCACACCAACUUAAAACGCCUCUUCUCUUGGAUCACAUUUCACACCCUAACAAAAAAGAUGAAACACCAAACAUUCACAUGCCUCUGUGUUCUGGCCCUUACCAUCAUAGUUUGUUCCAAUGUAUCAAACGCAGCUGAAGACUUGUCCAAGACAUGUGGCCAGGUGGUCUCAAAGGUGAUUCCAUGUUUGGACUUUGCGACGGGGAAAGCACCGACGCCGAAGAAGGAAUGCUGUGAUGCAGCGAAGAGUAUUAAGGAUACGGAUCCGGAGUGCUUGUGCUAUAUCAUUCAGCAGACUCAUAAGGGGAGUCCUGAAAGUAAGAGCAUGGGGAUUCAAGAGGAUAAGCUUCUUCAACUUGCUGGUGUUUGUGGUGUGAAAGCUAACAUCUCUGAUUGUCCUAGCACAUAUAAAGUGGCUGGAACAAAAGAAAGAUUUGAUGACAUUCCUUCACCGAGAUAUUGUGAGAAACGACCCGAUUUGUGUCCAGCUCAUCCUCAAGAAUGUAUUCAAAGUUGUAAAAAGAAAGGCAUCACUUUCGGUAACUCCUGUGAAGGAGGCCUAUGUUGCUGUGGAAUAUAGCAUUUUAUGUCUUCGUACAAGUUAAUGUACAAAUACUAUCAAAAUAAGUUAAAAAUAAAUACAUAAACUUCGGUUUUUUAAUGUGUGAUCCAACCACAAAUUUAAAAUAAUUUAUUUAACAACA